AUGCGGCCAGUUGGGAGCAGUUUUAAUUGCGAAGUUGCGAUGCGGUGGUGGAGUCUGCUGCUGACGGCCGCGGUCGUCGCCGACGCGGCCAAGCUCAACCCGAUCAUCGUGCGCGGCAACAAGAUGUACGACUCGAAGACGGGCAAGCGCUUCUUCAUGCGUGGCAUCACGUACGACUACGACGUGAGCGACGACCACUACGCCACGUGGAGCAAGGUCGCGAUCGAGACAGCCCUCGCGCCCAUCAUGGGCUCGUUCAACACGUUUCGCCUUUACAACGUCAACCCGGACAAGACGUACGACCAGUUCAUGGAGCACAUGGAGUCCAUCGGCGUCUACGUCAUGAUUGCAGCGUCGCCGGCCAACGUCGAGUACUUUGGCCCAUACCGCUACUCGACGAUUACGAAAGGGUGGGGCCCGGACGGAGCGGUCGUCGCGGGCCAGACGCAGAAGGACCAGACCAAGACGUGUUACCCGGCACUGCUCCUGUACUACGGCAAGCUGAUCAUCAAGGACUUUGCCAAGUACGACAACACGCUCGGCGUGAUCCAGUAUGUGGCCGACCUCAAGAACUGGAUGCGCGUCAACGUCAAGCUCCUGCGCAUUCUCCCGCUCGCGUAUGCUGGCGCCGACUCGGCACCCGACAAGGCGUCGGUGGGCAUGACGGCCGCAGCCCUUGCGCUCCAGCCCGAUCAAUAUACUGUCGUCAAGAUCAUGGGCCUGCUCUGCGGCGACACGAUGGUCAACGGCGUCAUGCAGAGCAGCAUCGACAUGUACCUCGUGAACGAGUACCGCUGGUGCAACGACGGCAAGUUUGCAACGUACGAGACGUUCCUCAAGAUGGCGACCGGCGUCCCGAUCGUCAUGGGCAUUGGCGAAACCGGCUGCGACACGCAAAAGCCGCGCAAGUGGACCAACGUCCCGUAUCUCUUUUCGAGCUCAAAGGAGUCGCAAGGCUUUACCGACGUCUACUCGGGCGGGUACGCGUAUACCUUUGGGUCGGCAUCCUUGGGCACGACGGGGUACCCCCUCUUUUUGGGGGGUGGCACGGACAUUGUGAGCAAGCCGGGUACGACGGUGACCGCCGACUUUACCAACCUCGCAGCCAUGUACAAGGCCAACCCGUCGGACGUGCAGAUGGGCGGCUUCACCGCCGACACGAUUUGCACGUGGGAACCGCCCAAGCUGCCCGCGCCCGUGACGCCCCUCGCGGCCAAGUCGGGCUGGCUCGGCUCGUGCACGAACCCGUCGAUCUUGCUCAAGCCGACCGACAAGUGGACCACUAACACGCGCCAGGGCGCCGUGUGCACCAAAGACGGCCAGACGUGCGAAGUCACGCUGACCUCCAAGCUCGGAACGUCCGAGGAAGACUUGUGCGGCAAAGUGCUCGAGGUUGUGAGCGGCGGCGGCUCGUGUACACCGUCGUCCAACACGUGUGGCAAGCACGGCCAGUGCGUUGCGUCGGCGGACGGGAAGACGUCGUCGUGCCAAUGCGUCGGCUGCUGGUCGGGUCUCUCGUGCUCGGUCAUUGACCAAAACAAGUGCAGCAAGCUCGCGUCCGACCCAAACGCGCCCAAGUACAUCUUUACGGGCGUCGGUAUCUUCCUCGGUAUCAUGACGCUUGUCUUUGGCGGCCUCGGCAUCGUCGCGGGGAAGAAAUCCCAAGAGCUCAAGAUGGCCGAGCAGCGCGCGGCCAACCAUGCCACGGCGUCGCUUUAA